UGCAGUAGACCACUGACGUUUCCCGCGCGCGUUACUCUGUCCCAACACGUUCUAAAUUCAAAAUUGUGAAAGAUUAAAUAAUAUACAAAAUAGCAACGACGUUGAUAAAAAAGUUUUUAUAUUUUUAAGAUUUUAUUUUAUUUUUUAGUGAUUAAAGUUUGAUUUGGAAUAUUAUUAUAUGUGCGGUAGUUAACAAAAUGUGACUGUGUGAUAAAUAUAUAACAUAAAAUGAACUAAAUAAGUAAUUAAAAAAAAAAACAAGGAAUAUUUAUUUUUGAUUUACUAUUUCUAGUAAUAAAAAUGCAGAGAAUGACGGAGACGACAUGCGUUCUGGCAUUUUUAAUAGCAUGGGGACUAUCGAGUGUCAGCGGUUUUGAACCACGGCCAGACAUUGGUUAUCCAGUGGGAUUGAUACCAGAAUGUCCAGGUGUGACGAAAAACGCAACCAUCACCCCAGUGAUGAUGAAGAUGUUACAGAUAAUUGUCCACAGGAUGUCUGAUACUGGUCAAAUCCUCAGAAAAGAUUUUCCUAUUCUAUCAGCACAUAGAAGUAUACCCAAGGAAAAGAAUAUAGAUUUCAAGAACAAGAAGACAGUUCUAUACGCCGUGGGCUUUCUUGAUAGUUCGGUGUUUCCUCAUACACAAGCAGUUGGUACUGCUUAUUCCAAACGUGGCUACAAUGUAUUGAUUACCGAGACGUUCCCAUUUCUUACUUAUAUAUAUCCAAAAUCAGUUCGGCUAACAAGAUUCAUUGGCAAGAAAGUCGGGGAAUUUCUGGUGAAACUAACCGAAUAUGGCCUAACUGCAGAAAACCUUGAACUGGUAGGCGCAAGUCUUGGAGCUCACGUAUCGUCACACGCAGCGAAAUACUUCUACGCCGCAACAGGGAAGAAACUAGCAAGGAUAACCGGAUUAGAUCCAGCUGGUCCCUGUUACAGAGCCUUACCAAAGGAAGAGAGACUAGACGCUUCUGACGCUGAAAGGGUAGACGUCGUUCACACUAACAUAGAUGGUUUCGGUAUUGCCGAAAGACUUGGUCACAUAGAUUUCUAUGCAAAUGGUGGUGAGUUCCAACCAAGUGAUAUACCGUAUAUACCAUGUCUGGUAAUAUGCAGUCAUAUUAGAGCUAUCUUCUAUUGGUGGCAAGCUAUUGAACAUCCAAAGAAGUUCAUCGGUUUGGAAUGUGAUUCCGUCCAAAGUGCAAGAUUAGGGAAGUGUAAUAACAAUGUUACGAAUUAUUUAGGAGCUGCUGCGAACUUUUCCAAUCCUGGAAUAUAUUUUCUUCCAACCCACAAUGAGUUUCCAUACUACAGAGGCAAAGAUGGCUUGAAGAAGGAUAGUGAUAUAUUCCAAACUGUCUUACAGAAGAUCAAUUCGGAUGAUGAGUUUUACGUUAAGUAAGCUAAAAUUUCAUUUUAAUGUUUUCCUAUUUAUAUAAGCACGAAAUUUGUGUAUGUGAUAUUUGCAAUUGGACAAACUAUUUAGAAUUUAAAUUUGUACUUAACAUGAUAUCAUAAUUUCAAAGAAAUGUUACUUAGAAUAAGAAUUACAGAGAGUUUUUUAGUAAUCAAUAAUUUGAUUAAUACCAAAAUACUAAAUAAAAUCGUGGAUGGUGGUUAUACCAAUGGGGGAAGAUAUAAAACCAAAAAUUUACUAUAAUACUUUGGUGGUAUUAUGGUAUAUAUAUGUGAAAGUGGGAUUUUAAGUUUUAGGUCACGUUUUAUAAUAUUUAUAAUGAAAAUUCUUUUUUAAUCUUAAAACUAAAUUAAUAAUAAUAUAGUGAGUUUUUUAGUCAUGUCAACGCCAUAGAGCAUUAUUUUUAUGUAAGGCGUUGUUUUUUAACAGCCUUAUUCGCAGCCUUUUCUGAUUUGUGAUAUUAAAAAGGGUCAUCGUCCUUAUUGUCUGAUUAGUCUAGUUGAUUCAUUGGCAUCUGUUUUAAUCUGUGAUUUGACCUUAUAUUAUAAAAUAGCAUUUUUUUAAUUAUUAUAAAAAAAAAUUGGAAGAUGAAAAACAACAAAAAUAACAGUAAAAUUAGCAAUUAGUAAUUGACUUACAGUUAAAGAAUAUCAUUAACUUGAAAGUUAUUUUGUGCAAUAUAUUAUUAAUACUGUA